AUGCCUACCAAGUCGACGUACCCGGACAUCCAGAUCCCCAAUGUCGACCUUUGGGGGCUCAUGUUUGAGCAGCCUCGGGACUUUCCCGACUCCCAAGUUAUCUACCGUUCCGUGGACUCCUCCCGGCAGUACACGUGGGCCGACGUCAAAGAAGCCGCCACGGCGUUUGGAGGCGGUCUUCGCAACCUCUGGGACUGGGAAAAGGGCGACGUGCUGAACAUGUUCGCGCCCAACGAUGUCGACUUUGCGCCGAUCGUCUACGGCGUCUUUUUCGCCGGGGGCAUCGUGUCGCCCGCGAAUCCCGCCUAUUCGGCCGACGAGCUUUCCUUCCAGCUGUCCAAUUCCGGGUCCAAGGCGAUCGUGACGACGAUUGAUUUCCUGCCCACGGCUCUGAAGGCGGCAAAGAUGUCCAACAUCCCCGGAGACCGCGUGAUAUUGCUGGGCAGCAAACGCGAUCCAUCCCACAAAAUCAAGCACUGGACCAAUAUCCGCAAGACCUCAGGCGCGACUCGGUACAGACGGCGCAAGAUGGAUCCACACAACGAGCUGGCUUUCCUCGUGUACAGCUCAGGCACGACCGGUCUGCCCAAGGGAGUCAUGCUGAGUCACCGCAACAUCAUCGCCGAUGUCCUGAUGAUCAAGGGAGCAAUGGGCAAGUGGUACUCGAGCGGGAACGACAAGAUCCUUGGGGUCCUACCAUUCUACCACAUUUACGGACUCACGGGGCUGGUCCAUCAACCUUUGCAUCGGGGCAUCGAACUUGUUGUGAUGCCCGCGUUCAAUCUCGAGGUGUUUUUGAAGGCUAUCCAGGAGCACAAGAUCACAUUCAUUUACGUUGCACCCCCGGUGAUCGUGCGGCUGUCGCGGGACGAGAUUGUCGCAAAGUAUGACCUGAGCAGCGUGAGGAUGAUCACCAGCGGUGCAGCGCCUUUGACUCAAGAACUUGUCGAUACGGUCCACAAAAGACUGAAGAUCAAAAUCAACCAAGCCUAUGGAUUGAGCGAGACAUCUCCAAUGACGCACACACAGCCCUGGGAUGAAUGGUACACUUCUGUGGGAAGUGUCGGCAAGAUGUUUCCGAGCAUGGUGGCCAAGUACAUGUCCCCCGACGGCAAAGAACUUGGCCCCGGCGAGGCGGGAGAGCUGUGGCUGUCUGGACCGAAUGUUUUCAAGGGAUACUGGAAGAAUGAGCCAGCCACCAAGGACGCCAUCACGGAGGAUGGCUAUUUCAAGACAGGCGACGUGGGAUUCCAGGACAAAGACCACAAUUUCUACAUCACGGACCGAGUCAAGGAGCUCAUCAAAUACAAGGGGUUUCAGGUAGCGCCAGCGGAGCUCGAGGGCAAACUGAUGGAUCACCCUGGGAUCAACGACGUGGCGGUGAUUGGGGUGUACGACGAAUUCCAACACACCGAAGUGCCGCGGGCUUACGUGGUGGCCAGCGACGGCAGCAAGACCAGUGAGAAGGACGCAGAAGACAUCGUGCAAUGGCUGGCCGGCAAGGUGGCCAAUCACAAGAGGCUGCGAGGCGGCGUGAGGUUUAUCGACGAGAUUCCCAAGAGCGCUGCAGGUAAGAUCCUGCGGAGAUUGUUGAAGGAUAGGGCCAAGGAGGAAGACGGGGGGCAGGUCAAGGCGAAACUGUAG